AUGAGCUUCUCCAUCACCCCACGCGUCCUUCCCCUCUUGUGCUUGGCGGUUGCAUCUGUCGCCGGCCAGUGGACGGGAAAUUACAACACGACGAGCGUCGAUAAAGGUAUCGACCCUCCCGGGAAAUGCUGGAUUGAAAGCCUCGACCCGUCCAGAGGCGCAGCCACGGCCAUCUACCCGUGCACCUGCACCGGCGGCACCGUCUGGCCCGACUGCAACUGGAGGGACUUUGCGCUUUACAACAGUGUCAGGGAUGCCAAGUGCAAGUGUUCCACGGCGAAAAGAAUGAACCCAGAGCCCGAGAGCCUGCAGAAGUAUGCCCAGGACACUCUUGCGGCCGUGACCAAGUGCGUCUGUGAUCCCCCGGCCGCCGGCAACGAGGCCGCCGACACCGAUGGCUUGGUUGUGCCGGCUCCCAACUGCUGGUGCCCGGCCGAGUCUCUUCAAGAGAAGAGCGGCUUGUCCGAGGCCAAGGAGGCGCCGCCUCCUGCCCCUGCCGUCGAGCAACCGCAGCCAGAGAAGCAGAACGAGCAGCAAUGUAACGAAAUUCGCAUGAAGGCGUUUAGAGAUUGCCGAAGCAAAGACCCUUCCGACUUUAAUAAAUGCGUUCAGGAAGGCCGAGAUGCGUUCGUUAAGUGCAGAGGUGGUCAGUAA